AGCCCGUUUUAAAUGUUCACCAUCAGUCCGUACGCGUUCCACCCGCUGCUGCAGCGAUUCGUCGCGCUCUGGCGGUACGUGCAGGUGGUGUCCGACUGCCUGACCUUCCUGCUGUCGAUGCUGUGCUGCCAGUGCUGGACCCUGAUGCCUCUGUCCCCCACUACCAGUGAGAAGGCAUCCGUCGAGUCUUUCCAAAUCCUCCCCGAGGCGAGGAUAGAGCCAGGCAGGGCCAGCGGGGAGCCGUUCCGUGCCCAGCACCUGGUGAUAGACUUCAGCCCUCAGCCCGGGGACACGGAGGAGACUGGCGCCAAGUGCCAGCAGUUUUGGGAAGCCGUCAACGCCCAUCCUGACCUGGACGGCAUGAUGGUUCUGCCUGAGAACAAGACACAGGCCGUAAUAAAUAGUUCGGUGCCGGUCCACAAGCCGUCGUCUCCCAGUGCCCACCAACCCAAUUUCCAAGCGCUGCACUCGAUCAAGGAUAUGGGAGACACAGGAGUGUUCAACGCCGCAUUUGCAACAACCACAUCAAAACACAAUUAAUCUUAAAUUUUAC